AUGGCUGACCCAAAUCCCCCCAGCCAGUCUGCCACGGAAGACCAGCAGAAAAAAGAAGCUCUCGCCGCGUUCACCGCGACCCUGCACUCCGUCGGCACAAAUCUGGACGCGCCGCUGCGCGACCGUGCCACAACCAUCGCCGAGAACGAGGUCGCACUGCAGCGACAGGAGGCCGAACUGGCCGAAAAUACGGCGCGGCUGGCGAAGCAGAACGCGCAGUGGGCGGGGUUCGCAGAUGAGACGCGCGAGGGUCUGAAGGAGAUCGGGGACGUGCAGAACUGGGCCGAGAUGAUCGAGCGCGAUCUGCUGGCGUUGGAGGACAUGAUGGAUGGGGUGGAGAAGGAGUAUGCGGCACGAGAAGCAGGGCAGGGGCACAGCAAUUAUGGCGGUGACAGUGACUCAGAGAGUAGUGAAGAUCGAUCUGCGGAAGGGAAUGGCGAGAUGCAGAAUGGGAAUCCGCGGGUGAAUGGUGCAAAUGGCAAGAGUGCAAAGCCAGAUGCGAAACCGUCAGUGAAUGGACGACAGUCCGGUGGUUGGUUGCGAUGGUGGUGA